AUGGCGGUAAUGUGGAGGUGUGUCGUAUGCCCAAAGGAGUACCGCCACACCAGGACUGCAUACAGACACUUCAGGGAAAUCCACCCGGAGCUGACUGGCGGUGCUUCAAGCAACCGCCAGUGGAUCAUCCGGGUGGAUUACCCUGAUGAGUCUGGACACAGUCCUGGUGUGGAGGCCUCCGAAGAGGAGGACGUGGAAGAUGAUGAGCCGGUCGCCGUUGGCGCUGUCGCCUCUCCUUCGGUGUCUCCGACACCUUCUCUCCCUCCCUCCUCCGCCGCCCUCCCUCCCUCUCCUCGACCGAUGUUCGAGGAAGAGCCAGUGGCUAAUUAUCUGCCACAACAGCUCCGGUCUUCUCGCUCGACGAGAAACCAAGAAAACAACCAAUUGUCGCGAAAUCGGGGUGGCCAACCCGAUCACGACGUGACUGAUGGCCUGCCAGUACAACGCUGGCAAUUUGCCACAGUCAGAGUCAACCAAGACGCCCCGGCCGAGCCUGGUGACGGGACCAAUCCGUCAACUGAGAGCACGGACAGCAACUUCCCUUGGCCCGACCAUCCCAUGCCAUCCUGGUCUUCAGCAAUCAGACCAUUCAAUCAGGAACUGCUUCGUCGCUCACGUGAGGGCAACAAGACCGCCAAAACUUCAGUUUGGGACCGAAAGACCGACAGCUGGAUUCCAGGCAUUGAAAUAGAGCGACGCGAGGCCGCAAGAAUCGCUCAAAUGAACAAUGCUAGACACACCUCUGCCACCAAUGCCGAUGCCAUGAAUGUUGACGAGGAAGAAGACAAGAAUGACGAAGACAAUGACGAUCUCAUGGACGUUGAAGGUCUAGCAUCAGAUUCUAAACGCCGCAAAGCAAUCUCUGGCUCAAACGAACGAUAUUUUGAAGUCAAGAAAUGGGUUCAGGUGCCUGCUGCCGUGGCCGAGAGGAUGCCAGAACCAAAAUACCUUGCUGAUCGCCGACCUGGAAUGGAGAGUCUCUACAAGGGUGCAUACAAAGCCACGAAUGGAUUUGGAACUUUGGCAGACAUUGUUGCUUCUGCAAUGAGUAAUGGAACUACCGGAUACGAUCUUAGUGAUAUCAAUCCUGCUAGCGUCCUUGCCCCUGGGUCCGGGUCCGGCGCGCUCAACACCCAAGCAGACGGCACAUCUACGCCAGUCCGAAAGAACAUGCCUCCGAGGCGCAAGAAGAAGAAGCUUGGUGGGCCUGGGAGGAAGCCUAAGAAUCCGAAUCCCGCACCGGCUGCCGAUGCUUCUGCUGCCGCUUCAGCAGGGCUGGAGAACGCCGCUGCCGACGAUGCUGCCGCCACAAGUACUGUCGGAGGAGAUGUGACCAUGAGAAACACACCAGAAACAGGUGUGGAAGGUGGCGACAACGCAGAGGGAACGCCCGCCAUCCAAGGCGAGGCAAUCAUGCAGGACGCAGACGUGGAAGGCUCUGAAUCAGAGAGCGAAGACGAAGGAAGUGAGGAGGGAGAGAUCGCCACUGACAUCAAUCUUGCUCCCACUAGCAACACCUCUAUCAUUGAUCCCGCCCUCACAGACAACAACUUUGCCAUCGAUCCCGCCCUCUCAGACAAUAAUCCUGCCAUCGAUCCCGCACUGACGGGAAACACAUCUGUCGACGAUCCUGCUCUUACUGAGCACGCCAUGGCCACACCAGUCUCACCCAAGUCAGUUGGGGAAGUUGCCAUGGCUGAAACAGAGGGUGCUUCUGAAGAAGACAAGAAGGAAGACACCAAACAGGAGGUGGUUGCAGCUAACAAUCCUACUGCAAGCCCUGAAAGAGUUGAAGCUGAAGCGGAUGCGAUUGCAGAUGCUGACGCUAUCUCUACCCCAGCCAACGAGCAGGAGGCCAAGAAAGAAGAAGAACAAGGUGCAGGUGAUGGACUGGACGUGCUUGGUGCACUUGAGGCUGCAGUGAACAAGGAGGCUGGUGAGGAUGCCUGA